AUGAAUGUUCUACCAUGUUCCAUCAACGCACUAAAGGGGUUAUACGAGAUAUCCGGCGUGGAAGUAGGCCAACAUUUCUAUUGGCAAAUAGGGGGUUUCCAAGUGCAUGCCCAAGUACUUAUAACUUCCUGGGUCGUAAUUGCUAUCUUAUUAGGUUCAGCCGCUAUAGCCGUUCGGAAUCCACAAACUAUCCCGACCGACGGUCAGAAUUUUUUCGAAUAUGUUCUUGAAUUCAUUCGAGACGUGAGCAAAACUCAAAUUGGAGAAGAAGAAUAUGGUCCUUGGGUUCCUUUUAUUGGAACUCUGUUCCUAUUUAUUUUUGUUUCUAACUGGUCAGGUGCUCUUUUACCUUGGAGAAUCAUACAGUUACCUCAUGGGGAGUUAGCUGCACCCACGAAUGAUAUAAAUACUACUGUUGCUUUAGCUUUACCCACGUCAGUGGCAUAUUUCUAUGCAGGCCUUACUAAAAAGGGAUUGGGUUAUUUCGGUAAAUAUAUUCAACCAACUCCAAUACUUUUACCAAUUAAUGUCUUAGAAGAUUUCACAAAACCUUUAUCACUUAGUUUUCGACUUUUCGGGAAUAUAUUGGCCGAUGAAUUAGUAGUUGUUGUUCUUGUUUCUUUAGUACCUUUAGUGAUUCCUAUACCUGUGAUGUUCCUCGGAUUAUUCACAAGCGGUAUUCAAGCUCUCAUUUUUGCAACCUUAGCCGCGGCUUAUAUAGGUGAAUCCAUGGAAGGUCAUCAUUGAGUACAAAUAAGAAAUAAGAAAAUAAUGCUUUGUUUGAAUUUCAAAGUUCAAACAGUCGCUUUUUCUUUUUUCAUUUCAAUCAAUUCAAAAUUAAGCCCAUGAAUCUUAUUCCAAUAAAUAAUUCAUGGGUAGCUCAAGAUACCCGCUUGAGGAAAUGAUUGAUAUAUCAAUCUAUAUUUAUGAUAUGUAUGAUAUAGAGUAGGAACAGAUAUAUAUGUACGAUAUUAAUAUUUAUUAUAUUACGUAUUACACUACGGAAUUGUAAAAAAAAGGGGGAGAUUCCCAAUUUUUCCUAAGAUCCCCCUUUUUUCCUAUUCAUGUCAUACAUCGCCUUUAUUUGCCCAGUCAAUUACGAAGAUUCAUAAUUUGGAUAAUAAAUAAUUGUUAUCCGUUUGGGACGCGCGACGAAACAACAAGAACUAUGUUCUGCGGAACCGUUGCUAUUUCAUUCCAUUCUAUUCAACAAUUGACCAAAAUUGGAAUUAAGAGGAGUUGGAUCAAUCAAUCAAAUCUUGAUAUGGGAUGAUUCGCUUUGAUGAAUCUCUUCGUUUGUAUCCAUGUGAGAUAAUGACAAAGACAAGAAAGAGUUCACGAAUCAGAUGAAAAAUUCAGUAGGUUAGGUGGGCCGAGCUACAUUACAUAUUAUAUGUGAACUCCGGUGUAUGCUUAGAAGGAUGAUUCCAGGGUCCGAUCCGAUUCAAUAGAAAUAAGAUGGCGAUGGUUUACAUUAUGGAAGAAAACAUGUAUAUGUGAUAGUAGAUAUUCAUAUAUAUGGACUACCCAUCUAUAUUAUUUCAUUCCCCAUCAACUUUCUAUUAUAUAGAUAUAGAUUCCACUUUAAUAGAUAUAGAUUCCACUUUAUUUAUAUGGAUUACGAUAUAUAAGCUCUUCCCUUUUUCGUCUGUGACUUUAUUGUAUAUGUGGAUUGAAUAUGAAGUUAAGCCUAUGAAUGCAUAUAGAGAAGAUGAAGGAGGGAGGAAUUGAAAGAGUGGGUUCGGAACAAAGAAAUAGAAGAACUAAUAUGGAUUUUCAAAGACUUGGAUAGUGAAUAAAAACGAGAUAUUGAAGUAGUUCUGAUGAUUCAGUAAUAUCAAAUAUCAUCACAUCACUUCUUAACUCAAAUUGGGUUCGGAGUUCUUAGUUUAGUUGUAUGGAUCUUAGUGAUGGAAUAUGAAAUAAUAAGUAAUGUAACUAAUUAAUAUAUAAUAUAAAUAUAUAACAUUAAUAAUAACAUUAAUUAUAUAUAAGAAUUCAUUGGUUUAUUUGAUUAUAUCAUUAACCAUUUCUUCAUUUUUUGUUGUGAGGAGCUUACCAUGAAUCCCCUAAUUUCUGCUGCUUCCGUUAUUGCUGCUGGAUUGGCCGUAGGACUUGCUUCUAUUGGACCCGGAGUCGGUCAAGGUACUGCUGCGGGCCAAGCCGUAGAAGGUAUUGCUAGACAACCAGAAGCAGAGGGUAAAAUACGAGGUACUUUAUUGCUUAGUCUGGCUUUUAUGGAAGCUUUAACAAUUUACGGGCUGGUCGUGGCAUUAGCACUUUUAUUUGCUAAUCCCUUUGUGUAAUCCUAGAAACGUGAAAAUGUGAAAAAUACGUACUUCUUUUCUUGCUUUGGCCCUGCCACUUCGCUUCUUCAAAUUAUAUCAACUCAACACUUCACUCCUACAAUCACUUCUUCCUUGAUCCAAUACUCC